ACUUACGAUCGCAACUCCCCUCUGCAUAUCGCCGCUGCCAAUGGCCAGAUCGAGAUUCUUUCGCUUCUUCUGGACCGAUCUGUGAAGCCGGAUGCACUGAAGCAGGUGUCAAUUACUCCAUUGAUGUUAGCUGCAAUGCAUGGAAAGAUCUCGUGUGUGAAGAGGCUGAUUGAAGCUGGUUCCAAUAUUUUAAUGUUUGAUACACUUAAUGGAAGAACAUGCUUGCACUACGCGGCCUAUUACGGCCAUUCCGAUUGCCUUCAGACCAUUCUCUCCGUUGCACGAACCCCCGAGGUUUCAGCUUCAUGGGGGUUCUCCCGUUUUGUGAACAUUAGAGAUAACAAAGGUGCGACGCCUUUGCACUUGGCUGCACGUCAAAGACGACCUCAAUGUGUUCACAUAUUGUUGGACAGUGGUGCCCUUGUUUGUGCUUCAACCGGUGGAUACGGCUUUCCUGGCAGUACUCCCCUUCAUUUGGCUGCACGAGGCGGUUCGCUCGAUUGCAUCAGAGAAUUGCUCGCUUGGGGUGCCGAUAGAAUUCAAAGAGAUUCAUCAGGGAGAAUACCAUAUACAGUAGCUAUAAGGAAUCACCAUGGAGCAUGUGCAGCUCUGUUAAAUCCUUCAUCCGCCGAGCCGCUUGUCUGGCCAUCACCAUUAAAGUUCAUAAGCGAACUCAACGAAGAAGCAAAGUUUCUUCUAGAACAAGCCUUAAUGGAAGCUAAUAGAGAAAGAGAAAAAGUCAUCUUAAAAGGAACAGUUUACUCUCUCCCUUCUCCAUCCUGCUCCGAUUCUGGCAUCGAUGAUAAUAUCUCCGAGGCAAGCGAUACGGAUCUUUGCUGCAUAUGUUUCGACCAAGUGUGCACGAUCGAAGUUCAAGAUUGUGGGCACCAAAUGUGUGCACAAUGCACACUAGCUUUGUGCUGCCAUAACAAGCCCAACCCAACGACUUCAUGCACACCCGUACCACUUUGCCCCUUCUGCAGAAGUAACAUAGUCAAACUAGUGGUGGCUAAAACUGGAACUAAAAACGAUGUUGACCAAGUCAACCCCUCAAAGCCACGCAAAUCUUGGAGGGCCCGCAACUUGAGCGAGGGGAGCAGCAGCUUUAAGGGCUUAUCGGCGGUCGGCUCGUUUGGAAAAAUGGGUCGCGGGUCGGGUCGGAUCGCUGCUGAAAACGAACUUCUUGAUAAGCCGUUGAGCCUUGAUAUAUAAUACAUAUAUAGCUCUAUGCAUCUUGCUUUGUAGAUUUGAAAAAUAAGCAAAUGCAAUGUUUGCAGGUUUGGGAUUUGGCAAAUAGUAUAUUAUUCGUGGGAUUUUAUUUCCAUUCUUGAAAUAUUGGAAUUAAAUAGGAAGCUAUUCUCUUUUUCUUUUUUUAAAUAUUGAAAAUUCAAAAUUAUUUCAUUGCUCCUUGUAAUACAUGAUGAAUGAAAAGACUGUACGAGUGAGUGGUGGCUAGAAUUUGAGACCACGUACUGUAAUAUAAUUGAGUACUGUAGUGUUUGUUUGUCCCAUAUUCUUGUUGUUUUGUAAUAAACAGUUGAAUUAUUUUAUUUCAAAAAAAUAAUUUGUAUGACAGAA